UCUUAUAUCAGAAAAGUUCCGGUUGCCAGAAACUACCAACGUGAAAGCCAGAUAAGCAAUAUGUUGGACUUUUUCACCAUAUUUAGCAAAGGAGGAAUUGUUUUGUGGUGUUUUCAAGGGACAUCACAACUAUUCACUCCGUCGAUAAAUGCCUUAGUGAAAACAGUUAUUCUUCAGCAACGGACAGGAAGUAAUUCCUUCAAUCAUGAGUCACUAACUUUAAAAUACAAGCUGGAUAAUGAAUUUGAGCUUGUUUUUGUGGUUGCCUAUCAGAAGAUUUUACAGCUAUCAUAUGUAGACAAGUUUUUGAAUGAUAUUCAGCUGGAAUUUCGAGACAAAUACAAAGAUGACCUUUCUCAUGGAAACCUGUCCCGCAAUUUUGACUUCACAGAGACAUUUCAGAGAAUGCUACGUGUGCAAGAAGAUGAGAGCAAGCAGGAAGCAAAAGCACCAAAAGCAAUGAGAACAUUUGAAGAAUCACAGAAAUCAAAGAAGACUGUUUCAUCUAUGAUUGAAAAUAAAAAGGACGAAAAGAAAGCAGUUAAAGUGAAAGACAAUAAAAAUUCAAAAUCUGCAAACUCUCCAGCUCCAGGGCAGAAACCCCCUGCUGUAGAAGUUACAUCAUCUCCAGGAAAUGGAACCAUCAAAGAUGGAGAGAUGGAUGAAGAAACAUUACGCAAAAACAGGGAACUUUUAUUUGCUCGUGGAAAGAAGAAACCUGUAGUUUCCAAAAGCCCAGAACCUAACAAAAAAACAAAGAGUGCUCGUGUAUGGGAACUAAAUGGCAAAAACUCAGGAAGCUUGGACUUUAGCAAUGCAGACACCGAAGCUACACAGAAUGGGAUGCUAGAAGACAAGAAGAGUAUGCCUACAAAAGCAGAGCUAGAGUUGGUGAAUACGAUGUCUGGCCAGCUGAAAGACAUAGAGACAGACAGCAGUGAGGAGGAGGAUGACGACGAGGAAGUAGAGGAAGAAAAGGCACCGAUUCCAAAGCAGAAAGCAAGUAAAUCAUCAGGAGGGUUUGGGAUGUUCAGCAUGUUCAAAAAUCUUGUUGGUUCGAAGACUCUGUCAAAAGAAGAUCUGGCCCCAGUUCUUGAAAAGAUGAAGGACCAUCUCAUUGCUAAAAAUGUAGCAGCUGACAUCUCUUCUAAGCUGUGCGAAUCUGUGGCAGCCAAAAUUGAAGGAAAAGUGUUGGGGACAUUUGGAAGUGUGACUGCUACAGUGAAGGCAGCAUUGCAGGAGUCCUGCAUGCAGAUCCUGGAGCCUCAGCGCCGUGUGGACAUCUUGCGCGACGCCAUGGAGGCUCGGCAGCAGCGCCGACCUUUUGUCAUUGCUUUCUGUGGUGUUAACGGUGUUGGCAAGUCUACCAACUUGGCUAAAGUUUGCUUUUGGCUGAUAGAAAAUGGCUUUCGUGUGCUGAUAGCAGCAUGUGACACAUUCCGUGCUGGGGCAGUUGAGCAGCUGCGUACUCACGUGCGCAAAUUGAAUGCCUUGCACCCCCCAGAGAAACACAAUGGCCAACAGAUGGUACAGCUGUAUGAGAAGGGCUAUGGCAAGGAUGCUGCUGGCAUUGCUAUGGAGGCUAUUAACUAUGCCAGAGAUUGUCAUAUCGAUAUUUGCCUUGUGGACACAGCUGGACGGAUGCAAGACAAUGAGCCAUUAAUGCGUGCUCUGGCCAAAUUGAUUAAGGUCAACCAGCCUGACCUGGUGUUGUUUGUGGGAGAAGCCCUUGUGGGCAACGAGGCAGUCGACCAGCUGACUAAAUUCAACCAGGCUUUGGCUGACCACUCCAACAUGACUCAGCCCCGCUUGAUUGAUGGAAUCAUUCUGACCAAGUUUGACACCAUUGAUGACAAGGUUGGAGCAGCUAUUUCCAUGACAUACACCACUGGUCAGCCCAUUGUCUUUGUUGGAACAGGCCAGACCUACACAGACAUUCGCAACCUCAAUGCUCGUGCUGUUGUCAGUGCUUUGCUUAAAGCUUGAAGAAUUUUCAAGCUUCCUUACACAGAUUAAAACAAAAUUUUUGUUCAGGGUUUUGCUGGACGCGUUUUGAGAUGGUUUCCUCGUGUUUUUUUUCUCCUGUUUUUGAUUGAUUUUGUGUAUUUUAUGAGGUGCCUUCAGUUACUGGCUUCUGUCCCAGAUGUGUUCUAUAAUCAAUCAUGUAGUUUAUUUUAGUUUGCAAUUGGUCAUAUUUUUGGCUUUUACGAAAAUCUAUUCUUUGCUUUAUUAAAUUUUGCACAUUAUGAUAUGUUCGAGAGAGAAAACUCGUGAUUUCUGUCAAAAUGUUAGCAGGGAACACUGUUUUAUACUCUAAUACUUUUUCCAUCAAAGUUAUUUCAUGCCUUAUUCCUAUGUUUCAAUUUUCAUGGCUUUAUGUUACGACUUCCCCAAGAGUAGGCUCACUCAGCAGUCAAGGAUGAUUUUAUUUUUGUUUGUCAGCAAUAUGGUGGUUUUGUGAGUCUUUUUCUACGUGAUAUUUCCAUGCAGUAUCACAUUGUCUUAAUUCAUCUAAGUCAUAUUGUGUGUGUAUGUGCGCACGCAUAUUUGAAAGAGAAAAACAUAUACCGCAUGAGAUGGUUAGAGUAAAAGUGGUGUGUGUGUAUGCAUGCGCUCAUACAUGCAUGUUUGCAUGUGGACAUACUUUUAGUACUCUGAAGCAUGAAGUAUGUGCUUGUGUGUGAGAAAAAGAUUGCAUCAUGAGGGUCAUGGAAUGAAGUAGUCACCUGGGUACUUUUAAAGCAUGCAUUGCUAGCUGCAGAAAAUCUGUGUAUGGACCAAGCAAACUUUGGUGAGCAGAAGUUUUUUUUUUCCAGUCUGAUAUUCAUAGUACAUAUUAGUGGUAUGUAUUUUUUUUUUGCUGCCUUGUGAUUUACAGAGGCAAAUGUUAAGAGAUUCAAGUUACGAAGAGUGUACUGGCAUUUAGAAGAACAUGAAACUGAUGAUUUCUAAGUCAGCAACAGUGUGUACUUGGCACUGAAGAUGCUGUGGAAAUAGACUGUUGUAAUAUGUAAUUGGUGACAUUUUACUGUUUGUAAAUAUAAUUUAUACACAUACACAAGGUAUCACUUUUUUUUUUUUUUUGUAUGAUACUGUUGGUGUCUGGAUUUUGUUUAACACAUUGAUUGUUUCUCAAUUUUAAAAAGGUUUGGGGACAUAUCAUUCCAUGAAAUCAACUAUUAACAGGCAUUAGGUAUGGCAUGUUUAUACGGUGACAUGAAAGAUUAAGGAAAAACUAUUAAAGUUAUUGUUUGCAUUGCUAUAUUUUGUGUCCUCAGAAAGUGUUGAACACUCUAACAAAAAAUAGUCUGCCAGAAACAGAAAAUCUGGUGAACUUUUGCUCCAAUAGACUUUCACCUCAUGCAGUGUUUUAAAUGCAAAGAGAGUGCAUGUAUGUUGGAAGUUAAAGGAGAUGUUGAACGCAUGAAAGGCUGGUCUGCAAUCUGCCGUUGCCUUCACUCAGUUACACUACAAUAUUAGUCAUACUGAUGUGAGUUUACCAAAUAAUUUGUGAUGCCUUGGAAAAAGACUCCUUUUGCAGUUGUUUGAUGAUGACGUGGAGGGCACGCAUACUUGUUUUUAAUGUUUUUCCUACUGUUCCUACUGUUUGUAAAUGAUUGUCAUUUGCAUUUUUUUGGGUCUGUCAAUGUUUUACAGUGCUUGUUAAUCAUGAAAAACAUUUAUGAAGGAAUUUACAUGAUGUACUUGUUUAGCAAAAGCACUUGAUACAGUGAAGAGCAUGUUGUGCAUACUGAUACUGCAAGCUUUAGGGCACACAGUUUAUCUGAAAUCAGCGUUUAUUGUCAAAUAAUCAAGUUUUCUUGUCACCCUUCCACUUCAAAUAAAAACUAAAGAAAGCUGACAUCGCACUCUUAUUGUUGCAGUGAGCAGCAAAAUAAAUUGUAAAAGUUGUAUUGUGAUUUUGUUUCUCAAAUGUGUUUUUUUUUCAUCAUUCUUGAUUGACAAAAUAAUGAGGCACUUGUCCUUUUGGUCCAGUGAUUUCCCUUUGUGAUUUUGAAAGAAUUUCCUACAGUACGUUGGCGUUUGCUGGUGGCAAAUAAAAUGCUGCAAGCAUA